AUGGCUUCCAACCGCGAGGAGAACGUGUACAUGGCAAAGCUGGCGGAGCAAGCCGAGCGGUACGAAGAGAUGGUGGAAUACAUGGAGAAGGUGGUGACAGCUGUGGAAGGCGACGAGCUCACGGUGGAGGAGCGCAACCUCCUCUCGGUAGCAUACAAGAACGUGAUCGGCUCCCGGCGGGCCUCCUGGAGAAUCAUUUCAUCAAUCGAGCAAAAAGAGGAGAGCCGCGGCAACGAAGGUCAUGUUUCCACUAUUAAAGGCUACAGAUCCAAGAUCGAGUCAGAGCUCUCCUCAAUUUGCGAUGGCAUUUUGAAACUCCUCGACUCCAAGCUCAUUGGAUCGGCUUCCUCUGGGGACUCUAAGGUGUUUUAUCUGAAGAUGAAGGGGGAUUAUUAUCGUUAUUUGGCAGAGUUCAAGACUGGAGUGGAGAGGAAAGAAGCCGCCGAAAAUACUCUCUCGUCUUACAAGUCUGCUCAGGAUAUUGCAAAUGCAGAGCUGGCUCCAACACAUCCCAUCCGGCUUGGGCUGGCACUCAACUUCUCAGUGUUUUACUACGAGAUUCUGAAUUCUCCUGAUCUUGCUUGUAAUCUUGCUAAACAGGCUUUUGAUGAGGCGAUUGCGGAGUUGGAUUCUCUUGGGGAGGAGUCGUACAAAGAUAGCACUUUGAUAAUGCAGCUUCUCCGUGAUAACCUCACUUUAUGGACUUCGGACAUGCAGGAUGAUGGUUCAGAGGAGAUAAAGGAAGCACCAAAGCCGGAUAACGAGUAG